AUGGAUACUAUAUCUACAACCAACGAUUCAGUUUUCACUUCUCCUGUCUUUCUUCUGACCGGGUUGCCUGGUCUGGAGCAUAUCCACGUGUGGAUUUCUAUCCCAAUUUGUUCCAUGUAUCUCACAGCCUUUGUGGGAAACUGCAUAAUUCUCUUCAUUAUCAGAACAGAGCAGACACUCCAUGAGCCCAUGUACUAUUUUCUCUCCAUGCUGGCGGUCUCCGAUCUGGGUCUUUGUUCCACCACCUUGCCAACAAUGCUGAGUGUGUUCUGGUUCAAUUACCGAGCCAUCCACUUUGAUGUGUGCCUCGUCCAGAUGUACUUCAUCCACACCUUCUCCAUUGUCGAAUCUGCCGUGCUCUUGGCCAUGGCUUUUGACCGCUUUGUCGCCAUCCGUGAGCCUCUGAGGUAUGCAUCCAUCCUGACAAACUCAGUGGACAAGAUCGGUAUGGGGCUGACCAUCCGGGCAGUACUUUUGGUGUUCCCAGCUUCCUUUCUCCUGAAGAGGCUGCAAUAUCAUGCAGUAAACAUUCUUUCCUACUCUUUUUGUCUACACCAGGAUAUCAUCAGGGUGGCCCUGUCAGACAGGAGAGUCAGUAGCAUUUAUGGCUUAUUGGUUGUUCUUUCCUCAAUGGCCCUGGACUCACUGUUACUUGUUCUGUCUUACAUUAUGAUCCUUAAAACUGUCCUGAGUAUCACAUCCAAGGAGCAGCGUUCUAAGGCCUUGAACACCUGCAUUUCCCAUAUCUGCGCUGUCCUAAUUUUCUACAUCCCCAUGAUUGGUCUGUCUAUGAUUCACAGGUUUGCAAAAAAUGCUUCUCCCAUUGCUCAUAUCCUCAUGGCCAACAUUUACUUGCUGGUCCCACCACUGAUGAACCCCAUUGUGUACAGUGUGAAAACCAAACAGAUACGUAGGCAGAUCAUCAGAAAGCUGCACAAGAAGCCAGAUGUGACUACAUAG